AUGUCCAUCUGUCACCUGCCGAGCAGCUGGGGGACUGAGGUGUUGGUGGCCAUAAUGACAGCUUUGGAGUUGCUCACACCACCUGAUGUCCACAGUAUGCACCAGCAGGAAGUGUGGAUCUCGUUUUCUCCACUCAAACUACUCUCCAGCUGUUCACUCCUGCCUUCUUCAGAGAUGAGCGUCAAGUCUGCCAUAAACAAGGCGGUCUUCAUACCCCACGAUGAGAAGAUGCUUGUUGCUGCGCAGGUGAAGAGGAGGACCAAGAAGAAGAUCCCCUUCCUGGCCACAGGUGGUCAGGGAGACUACAUGACCUUCAUCUGCAUCUCAGCAUUUGGGGGAUUUGAGUGGGAGUCUGCCAUCAGUACUGGGACAUAUGCAGACAAGUUGAGUCCUAAGGUGGUUCAAUCACUGCUGGACCUGCUAUGCAGUCAGCUGAAGAACCUGCUGUCUCAGGCAGGAGUCAGUCUCCUCUCUCCUGGGGAAGAGCAAGAAGACAACAAACAGGAGGACAGUGCUGACUCUGAGAAGAAAGACUUCAGAGCAUUGCUCCGUAAGCAGCACACUGCUGAGCUCCACCUUGGAGACUUCCUGGUUUUCCUCAGGAGGGUGGUGUCUUCGAAGGCCAUCCAGUCCAAGAUGGCCUCCCCUAAAUGGACUGAAGUGCUGCUCAACAUAGCUGCACAGAAAUGCUGCUCAGGGGUCCCUCUGGUUGGGAACUUAAGAACUCGGCUCCUUGCUCUUCAUGUAUUGGAGGCUGUCCUGCCUGCCUGUGAGGCCAAUAUGGAAGACGACCAAGUCACACAGGUUGUUGAGCGCCUCUUCGCCCUGUUGUCUGACUGCAUGUGGGAGGCUCCCAUUGCCCAAGCCAAACACUCCAUUCAGAUUAAAGAAAGAGUUCAGGAACUCAAACUACAGGGAGAGGCAGAAGAGGAGGACGAGAACCUUCCCAUCCAGGAAGUGUCCUUUGACCCAGAGAAGGCUCAGUGUUGUGUGGUGGAAAAUGGCCAGGGUUUGACGCAUGGCAGUGGGGGGAAAGGAUACGGCCUGGCCUCCACUGGUAUCUCCUCUGGAUGCUACCAGUGGAAGUUUUACAUCGUCAAGGAGAACCGCGGCAACGAGGGUACGUGCGUAGGCGUUUCACGAUGGCCCGUGCACGACUUCAACCACCGCACCACGUCUGACAUGUGGCUGUACCGGGCAUACAGCGGAAAUCUUUAUCACAAUGGAGAACAAACACUGACACUUAGCAGCUUCACGCAGGGAGACUUCAUCACCUGUGUUCUGGACAUGGAGGCCAGAACCAUCUCCUUUGGCAAGAACGGAGAGGAACCAAAGUUAGCCUUUGAGGAUGUUGACGCCACAGAGCUCUAUCCCUGUGUGAUGUUCUACAGCAGCAACCCAGGGGAGAAGGUUAAGAUCUGUGACAUGCAGAUGAGGGGAACGCCUCGAGACCUGUUGCCUGGCGACCCGGUCUGCAGCCCCAUGGCCACCGUCCUGGCCGAGGCCACCACACAGCUGAUCCGCAUCCUACACCGCACAGACCACUGGACCCACUGCAUCAACAAGACCAUGACGGAGCGCCUCCACAAGAUCAAACUCUGCUUCAGAGAGUCUGCCAGUGCAAGCGGCAGCGGUGGAGGUCAGAGGCUGAAGAAGAGCCGAUCGGUGCAGAGCCGCGAGGAGCACGACGCUCAGAGCGAGAGCCAAGAAACCCCCACGAGGACGGAGGAGGAGAGGGGCCGCCACGGACGACAGCAUGGCUUGGGAGAGCUGUCGGAGCACCACCUCAGGACGCUCUGUACGGAGGUGUGGCCGGUCCUGUCGGUGAUCGGAGGGGCGGAUGCGGGAUUACGCGUCGGUGGGCGAUGUGUGCACAAGCAGACCGGGAGGCACGCCACUCUGCUGGGCGUGGUGAAGGAGGGCAGCACCUCGGCCAAGGUGCAGUGGGACGAGGCCGAGGUCACCAUCAGCUUCCCAACUUUCUGGUCGCCUAGUGACACUCCGCUGUACAACCUGGAACCCUGCGAGCCGCUGCCCUUCGACGUGGCACGAUUCCGCGGCCUCACCGCCUCGCUGCUGUUGGACCUCACCUACCUCACCAGCAUCCACGAGGAAACCGCCACCAAGCUCAGCGCGCGACGCCACGACAAGAAGCAUCGCAACGCGGCCUCCACCGGGCACGAGCCCACGGGUAGCGAAGACAAGGCGGAGAACGAUGGGCACAACCGAAACGAAGAAAAAGAUAACCAAGAAGCAUCUGGAGCUCCAAACACCUCUGACAUGCGUGUGUCCCACAGCCUUGAUGAGGUGAAGGCACAUGCAGCACCCAACUCAAAGUCAGAGAGCGAAAUCUCCUCUGUUGUGAGUGGAGGAAAUGAGACCCUCUUCACUGCAGCUCCUCACACUCCUGUUGAGGGAAGCAGGAAGAAAGGCCAUGAGCACGGCUCCCGUAGUCACGAGACUUCUCCCUCCUCCAUCGCCAUGCAGUCGGAAAUCCAUGCUGUGCAGCUUUCCUACCUCUACCUGGGAGCCAUGAAGGCCCUGAGCGCCCUGCUCAGCUGCAGCAAGUAUGCUGAGCUGCUGCUAAUACCAAAGGUGUUACCAGACGCAGCAUCAAGCGGGCACAACGCUGAUCUGAAUGCCAGCACCAAUGGGAGCACAGCUGCCACCUCGCCGGUGUGCCAGGAAGAGGUGGAGAUGCGAGCGGCUCUGCAGUUCCUCAUGCGCCACAUGGUGAAGAGGGCAGUGAUGCGCUCCCCCAUCAAGCGGGCCCUGGGCCUGGCAGACCUGGAGCGGGCACAGGCCAUGAUCUACAAGCUUGUUGUGAAUGGGCUGUUGGAGGAGCCCAGUGGAGGAAAAGCUAAGCCUGGAGUGAGAAGUGAGCCUGAAGGGGAGGGGGACGGUACAGAGGGGGAGCAGUUGGCACAGACUCCAGUCACAACCAGCCCCUCUGCCUCCAGCACCACCUCCUUCAUGAGCUCCUCACUGGAGGACACUACCACUGCCACCACCCCCAUCACAGACACGGAGACUGUCCCUGCAUCAGAGUCUCCGGGGGUCAUGCCUCUCAGCCUCCUCAGGCAAAUGUUCUCAAGCUACCCGACUACCAGUCUGGCUCCAACCCGGCGAGCUCAGACUCCCCCAGUAACCUCUCUGCCAACCUCCCCCUCAGACGAGGUGGGCCGCAGUCAGAGUCUCACCUCCCCCGACUCCCAGCCCUCCAGACAACAGAACAGGACGGGUACCUCUCUGUCGGACCCCAGCAGUAGGCUGUCCACAUCCCCCCCUCCCCCGGCCAUCGCUGUGCCCCUGUUGGAGAUGGGCUUCUCCCUGCGGCAGAUCACCAAAGCUCUGGAAGCCACCGGUGCCAGUGGAGAAGCAGACGCUCAGAACAUCACGGUGCUGGCCAUGUGGAUGAUAGAACAUCCCGGCACGGAGGAGGAGCAUGAAGAGGGUCACACCAGAGGCAGUGGUGUCGGCGGCGACGGCUCCGACUCGUCCUGUCCAGGAGCAACAGCCUCUUCUGGAGGCAAAUCUCUGGACAGGAGCCCCUACCUGGUCUCUCCUGGAGACAUCGCCAGUGCUGAUGCUUCAGAAAUGGAGGAGGGCUUCAGCGAGAGUCCUGAGGGUCUGGAGCAGGACAAUGCGUCGGCCUCCAGUGGCGGUCCGCUCAGAGGCCGCUCUGCUGCCGGCAGGAAACACCGCUUUGACCUGGCAGCACGCACGCUGUUAGCCCGCGCUGCAGGACUGUACCGCUCGGUGCAGGCGCACCACAGCCAAUCACGGCGGGAGGUCUCGUCGCUCCAGCAGCAGCAGGACCCCGGCGCGCUCUACGACUUCAACCUGGACGAAGAGCUGGAGAUGGACCUGGAUGAGGAGACCAUGGAGGCCAUGUUCGGCCAAGAUCUGGCCAGCGACACGGAUAUUCUGGGAAUGUGGAUCCCGGAGGUACUGGACUGGCCAACAUGGCACGUGUGUGAAACGGAUGAUCGCGAUGAAGUUGUGGUGUGCGAGCUGUGUGAGGCCAACGUCGCCAACUUCAACCAGCACAUGAAGAAGAGCCACCCAGGAUGCGGUCGCAGCGCCAACAGGCAAGGUUACCGCAGCAACGGCUCCUAUGUAGACGGCUGGUUUGGAGGGGAGUGUGGGAGUGGAAACCCUUACUACCUGCUGUGUGGAGGCUGCAGAGAGAAGUACCUGGCCAUCAAAAGCAAAGCCAAAGUCCCCAUUGUGGAGAGGUAUAAGGGACAAGCUCCUGACCUCCUGGGGAAGCAGGACAGUGUCUAUGAAGAGGACUGGGACAUGCUUGACGUUGACGAAGAUGAGAAGCUGACGGGAGAGGAGGAGUUUGAGCUCUUGGUCGGACCAUUGGGUCUCAGUGAGCGGAAGAUCGUCCCAGAGGCUGUCCAGUUUCCAGACAGCGACCCUCUUGGAGCUUCUGUUGCCAUGGUGACAGCCACCAACAGCAUGGAAGAGACCCUGCUGCAAAUAGGCUGUCAGACCUCGGUGGAUAAGAGUUCCUCGGGCAGAGUGACCCUCGGCGAGCAGGCGGCGGCCCUCCAGAACCCUCAUGACCGGGUGAUGGCGCUGAGGAGGGUGACGGCUGCAGCCCAGGUGCUGCUGGCCAGGACCAUGGUCAUGAGAGCCCUGUCCCUGCUGUCUGUCAGUGGCUCCAGCUGCAGCCUGGCAGCCGGUCUGGAGUCUCUGGGUUUGACCGACAUCAGGACUCUGGUCAGGCUGAUGUGUCUGGCGGCUGCAGGCAGAGCCGGUCUUUCCACCAGUGCAACAUCAGGCUCCGGUCACUCUGAAAGGCCCCGCGGGGCCGCCAAAUCGGGCAAACCCAUCUCCUGUCUGGCUUACCUCAGCACAGCUGUGGGCUGCUUGGCCUCCAACAGCCCCAACGCUGCCAAGCUGCUGGUGCAGCUCUGCACUCAGAACCUGAUCUCCGCAGCUACCGGCAUGAAUCUGACCACAGUGGACGACCCCAUCCAGAGGAAGUUCCUGCCCAGCUUCCUGCGAGGCGUGGCCGAGGAGAACAAACUUGUCACGUCUCCAAACUUCGUGGUCACUCAGGCUCUGGUGGCCCUCCUGGCAGAUAAAGGGGCCCGACUCAGACCUGCCUAUGACAAGGCUGACAUGGAGAAAAGAGGGCCUCUGGAGCUGGCCAACGCUCUUGCGGCCUGUUGCCUGUCCUCCAGGCUGUCCUCGCAGCACCGUCAGUGGGCGGCGCAGCAGCUGGUUCGCACGCUGGCCGCCCACGACCGGGACAACAACAAGAACAGACCGCAGACCUUCGCCGACAUGGCUGGGGACCUGCGCAAGUGCUCCUUCAUCAAGCUAGAGGCUCACCAGAGCAGAGUCAUCACAUGUGGGUGGUGCAGUAAGAAAGGCCUGUUGGCGACGAGUGGCAAUGAUGGGACAGUCAGGAUGUGGAACGUCACCAAGAACCAGUACACCCUCCAGCAGACCUGCAUCUUCAAUAAGGAUGACGGCUCAGAGGAGGGCAUGUCAGGUUUAGGAUCUCCCAGCGACCCUUGCAUGUCUCCUCUGGCAUGGAGCGUCACUGGAAAGUAUCUGGCUUCUGCCAUGGACAAAAUGGUCAACAUCUGGCAAGUUAAUGGUGGUAAGGGCAUUUUGGACGUGCAGCCUCACUGGGUAUCGGCGCUGGCUUGGCCUGAAGAGGAAGCAGAGUCUUUGUGGUGCGGGGAACCAAAGGACAUGCUGUUGGUGGGACGAAUGGACGGGUCUCUGGGCCUCAUCGAGGUGCUGGACACCUCCAGCAUGCACCGCACCGAGCUGGAGCACUGCUACAGGAAGGAUGUGGCAGUGAUGCACAUUGCUUGGUACAGUGAGGACAAGCCUUUCGCUGUGGGCUACGCAGAUGGCAAGCUGCUGAUAGGGUCCAAAGAGCCCUUAGAAAAAGGAGCCAUCGUAGUCAUUGAUGCACACAAGGAGUCGAUCACCAGCAUGAAGUGGAGUCCCACGGGUCAGAUCCUGCUGACCUGUGCCAAAGAGGAGACGGUGAAGCUGUGGGCCAGUCCGGACCCUCACUCUGACUCCGACUCAGGUUCUGGUUGGCGCUGCCUGCAGAGUCUGAGACACCCCUCCCCUGUUAACGGUGUGGCCUGGUGCAGCCUGCUGGGGCGUGGCCCAAAGACCCUCAACAUGUUAGCCAUAUGCUGCCAAAAUGGCCUGGUCUCAGUCUGGACUGUUCCUCAAAACAUCUGCAAUUACCCAGAAUCCGUUUCCUCUGAGUUGGAGGGAUGGUGGGAGAAUGAAGCAAAACCCAGAUUCAUGAGUCGUAGGAGAAAAGAAGCUGCAUUCUUCCACUCACCUGCUGUCACUGUGUUGCAGUCUUCCCGGUGGUCAGGUAAAGGUGCAACGUGUGUUUUCCAGCUGAAGGGCCACAUCACCCCGGUGAGAACGCUGGCCUUCAGCCCCGAUGGUCUGGCUCUGGCAUCUGGAGGAGUGGGAGGCCUUAUGAACAUCUGGUCCCUGAGGGACGGCUCAGUGCUCCAGUCAGUAGUAGCCGGUUCAGGUGCAAUCCAAAAUAUAGUCUGGAUCCCAGAUGUAGGUGUUGCUGUCUGCUCCAAUAGGUCAAAGGAUGUGCUGGUUGUGAACUGCUCCAAAGACUUCAUGGUAUCCAACCAUGUGCUGGCCACUUGCCGCACCGCCCUGAAGAAGCAGGGCGUGGUCGGCCUCAGCAUGGCACCCUGCAUGAGGGCCUUCCUGGAGAGACUGCCUGUCAUACUGCAGGAGCAGUACGCCUACGAGAAGCCCCACGUUGUAUGUGGGGAGCAGCUCGUUCACAGCGCCUACAUGCAGUGCCUGGCCUCCCUGGCUGUGGGUCUCCACCUGGACCUGCUCCUGUGUCGCCCCCCUGUGCCUCCUAGCUUCCGCCACUGCCCCCCAGAGUCCGGCACUGCAGUCUGGUCUGCCAGCGAGUGGGCCUGGUUAGAAUGCUUCUCUACAACCGUCAAGGCGGCAGAGGCCCUCGCUCGAGGAGCCACCUUCUCUGAGUCCUUCUCUGUUCCCGACAUGGAGCCUGUGCCCAAAGAUGAGAUGACUCUGCUUAUGGACAACAGUAAAUGGGCGCAUGGGGUGGAUGAACAGAUCAUGUCCUGGGCCACCUCAAGACCAGAGGACUGGCACCUUGGGGGGAAGUGCGAUGUGUAUCUGUGGGGCGCAGGGCGACACGGCCAGUUGGCAGAGGCCGGCAGAAACAUCCUGGUGCCGACCAACGCUCCGUCCUUCUCUCAGGCACAACAGGUGGUGUGUGGUCAGAACUGCACCUUUGUGAUCCAGCCUAAUGGGACGGUGCUGGCCUGUGGGGAGGGCAGCUACGGCCGCCUGGGGCAGGGCAACUCUGACGACCUGCAUGUCCUCACCGUCAUCUCAGCUCUACAAGGUUUCGUUGUGACUCAGCUGGUGACGUCCUGUGGCAGUGACGGUCACUCCAUGGCUCUGACUGAGAGCGGGGAGGUGUUCAGCUGGGGGGACGGGGACUACGGUAAACUAGGCCACGGGAACAGCGACCGCCAGCGCAGACCGAGACAGAUCGAAGCUCUGCAAGGAGAGGAGGUGGUGCAGAUGUCCUGUGGGUUCAAACAUUCGGCAGUGGUGACAGCUGAUGGAAAGCUUUUCACAUUUGGUAAUGGGGAUUACGGCAGACUGGGUUUGGGGAACACCUCCAACAAGAAGCUCCCAGAGAAGGUCACCGCUCUGGAGGGCUACCAUGUUGGACAGGUGGCUUGCGGUUUGAACCACACUUUAGUCGUCUCUGCUGAUGGAAUGAUGGUUUGGGCGUUUGGUGACGGAGACUACGGUAAACUGGGACUUGGCAAUUCCACAGCCAAGUCCUCUCCUCAGAAAGUGGACGUGUUGUGUGGAAUCGGCAUCAAUAAAGUGGCCUGUGGAACACAGUUCUCAGUUGCUCUAACCAAAGAUGGCAACGUUUACACGUUUGGCCAAGACCGCCUCAUUGGCUUACCAGAAGGCCGGGCCAGGAACCACAACCGGCCCCAGCAGGUGCCGGCCCUGGCAGGGAUCCACAUCCAGGAUGUGGCCGUCGGUGCCGAACACACUCUGGUGCUCUCCUCAACCGGAGAUGUUUACACCUGGGGCAGCAACUCGGAGGGACAGCUGGGCCUGGGCCACACCAACCACGUCAGAGAACCCACAAUGGCCACAGCGGUGCAGGGCAAGAACGUCCACCAGAUCUCUGCCGGACGCUGCCACAGCGCUGCCUGGACGGCUCCCUCUGUGCCUCCACGAGCACCAGGCUCGUCGGUCCCUCUCCAGCUGGGUCUUCCCGUGGCGGUGCCUCCUCAGUACAGCGUGCUAAAAGAGAUCAGCAUUGAGGCGGUGAGGGCUCGCCUGAGGCUCCUCUACCACUUCUCCGACCUCAUGUACUCCUCGUGGAGGCUGCUCAACCUCAGCCCCAACAACCAGAGCUGUACGUCCCACUACAACGCUGGUACCUGGGGGAUCGUUCAGGGCCAGCUGAGGCCCCUGUUGGCCCCCAGAGUGUACACCCUGCCUAUGGUGCGCUCCAUUGGCAAGACCAUGGUGCAGGGCAAGAACUACGGCCCCCAGAUCACCGUUAAACGCAUCUCCACGCGAGGACGGAAGUGUAAACCUAUCUUCGUGCAGAUCGCCCGUCAGGUUGUGAAGCUGAACGCCUCGGACCUCCGCCUGCCCUCAAGGGCCUGGAAGGUCAAAUUGGUGGGGGAGGGGGCCGACGACGCAGGAGGGGUCUUUGACGACACCAUCACAGAGAUGUGUCAGGAGUUGGAGUCGGGCGUGGUGGACCUGCUCAUCCCCUCCCCCAACGCCACGGCAGAGGUUGGCUAUAACAGAGACAGGUUCCUCUUCAACCCUUCGUCCUGCAUGGACGAGCACAUGCUGCAGUUUAGGUUCCUGGGCAUCCUGAUGGGCGUGGCCAUCCGCACCAAGAAGCCUCUGGACCUGCACCUGGCCACGCUGGUGUGGAAGCAGCUGUGCUGCAUCCCCCUGCAGCUGGAGGACCUGGAGGAAGUGGACCUCCUCUAUGUGCAGACGCUCAAAAGCAUUCUUCACAUUGAAGACAGCGGCAUCACAGAGGAGAACUUCCAUGAGAUGAUUCCUCUGGAUUCCUUCGUCGGGCAGAGUGCAGACGGGAAGAUGGUGCCCAUCAUCCCGGGGGGAAACAGCAUCCCGCUCUCCUUCUCCAACAGGAAGGAAUACGUGGAGAGAGCCAUCGAGUACCGGCUGCAUGAGAUUGACCGACAGGUGGCGGCGGUGCGUGAGGGCAUGUCUUGGAUCGUGCCGGUGCCGCUGCUGUCCCUGCUGACGGCCAAGCAGCUGGAGCAGAUGGUGUGCGGCAUGCCGGAGAUCUGCUGCGACGUGCUGAAGAAGGUGGUGCGCUACAGGGAGGUGGACGAGCAGCACGCCCUGGUGCAGUGGUUCUGGCAGACGCUGGAGGAGUUCUCCAACGAGGAGCGCGUCCUCUUCAUGCGCUUCGUCUCCGGGCGCUCGAGGCUGCCCGCCAACACGGCCGACAUCUCCCAGAGGUUUCAGAUCAUGAAGGUGGACCGGCCGUACGACAGCCUGCCCACCUCUCAGACCUGCUUCUUCCAGCUCCGCCUGCCUCCCUACUCCAGCCAGGCCGUCAUGGCGGAGCGGCUGCGCUACGCCAUCAACAACUGCCGCUCCAUCGACAUGGACAACUACAUGCUCUCCAGAAACGUGGACAACGCAGAGGGCUCCGACACGGACUACUGACGCAGGCAGCCCCACACGUGAACACAUGAAUGAUCACCUGCACACGGACUGUCUUAUCGAACACGCACACACAGAGCGAGAUGCUUCAUCAUCGCUGCACCAGUUGUAGGGAACUCCUGAGCAGACACUUUUUAAAUCCAUUUUAUGUACUUUCAAACAGCACAGGUUUUCCUUUCUCCUUGCGGUUUAUUAGCAGUUUUUAAAUGACACAAGAAUCCACACGAGAAGUGUAUUUAGUGUUUGUUUUUUGCGCAUUACUCCACAUCCCAUUUUCAGGGUUUCUGCAUGGAGGUUGUUUAUUUGUUUGGAUGUGUAUAGAAUAUUCAAAAAAAAAGCACGAGGAGGAAAGGAAGAAUAUUGUACAUUGUGUAAAAUGCUUCAUUAUGGAAAUGUUUUGCAUAAUAUCCAUAUUUAUUGUUUUCAUUGCCUAUGCCGAGUUUCCCAAAGCAUACAAAAAAACAACAAUAAAUGCUGCAUAACUGAA